AGGAAAAGUGCGCGUCGUUUUUGGUGCACCCUGUGUAUGUGCGCGCGAGACUACGCGAGCGCGCAUAAAACCGCGAUGCAGUCACGCUCCGAACCAAUCGUACGCAAACUUGCACGCCGCUCGUUGACGUACAAAAUGAACAUAUUACUUGCGACGUUGGCUAUCCUAGCGGUCGGGUCUACCGCCGAAUCGGACAGCAAAGCGCGCACAGUAUGCUACUUCAGCAACUGGGCUGUGUACAGGCCCGGCGUGGGCAGGUACGGCAUCGAGGACAUUCCGGUGGACCUGUGCACCCACAUCAUCUACUCUUUCAUUGGCGUCACUGAGAACACCAGCGAGGUGCUCGUCAUCGACCCAGAGUUGGAUGUCGACAAGAGUGGUUUCAAGAAUUUCACAGCGUUGCGGUCUUCCCACCCCAGCGUCAAAUUCAUGGUCGCGGUGGGUGGAUGGGCCGAAGGCGGCUCCAAGUACUCCAAAAUGGUCGCCCAGAAGAACACCAGAAUGGCCUUCGUCAGAAGCGUUGUUGAUUUCCUGAAGAAAUACGAUUUCGAUGGGCUCGACCUGGACUGGGAGUACCCUGGUGCCGCCGACCGCGGUGGCUCCUUCUCCGACAAAGACAAGUUCUUGUACCUGGUGCAAGAGCUGAGGAGGGCCUUCAUCAGAGCCGGGAAGGGCUGGGAGUUGACUGCCGCCGUGCCACUCGCGAACUUCAGGCUGAUGGAGGGAUACCACGUGCCGGAGCUUUGCCAAGAACUGGAUGCGAUCCACGUGAUGUCGUACGAUUUGCGUGGCAACUGGGCUGGUUUCGCUGAUGUACACUCUCCCUUAUACAAACGUCCUCAUGACCAAUGGGCCUACGAGAAACUGAAUGUUAACGACGGUCUCAAGUUAUGGGAAGACAAAGGCUGUCCCACCAACAAGCUAGUCGUCGGCAUACCUUUCUACGGGCGUUCGUUCACCCUGUCUGCCGGUAACAAUAACUACGGACUCGGGACUUACAUCAACAAGGAGGCCGGUGGCGGCGACCCCGCUCCUUAUACCAACGCAACUGGAUUCUGGGCUUAUUACGAGAUCUGCACAGAGGUGGACAAAGACGAGUCGGGUUGGACCAAGAAAUGGGACGAGCACGGCGAAUGCCCGUACGCUUACAAAGGCACCCAAUGGGUUGGGUACGAGGACCCUCGCAGUGUGGAGAUCAAGAUGAACUGGAUCAAGGAGAAGGGCUACCUGGGCGCCAUGACUUGGGCCAUUGAUAUGGACGACUUCCAAGGUCUUUGUGGGGAGAAGAACGCGCUGAUGAAACUGCUCCAUAAGCACAUGAGCUCCUACAGUGUCCCGCCAGCUAAGACCGGCCAUACUACACCAACACCGGAGUGGGCGCGGCCGCCGUCGACGCCUUCUGACCCAUCGGAAGGGGAACCCGUCCCUACAACAACUACCACUACUGCGAGACCGACCACUGCUAAACCCACUACUUCAGUGAAGCCCACUACUUCAGUAAGGCCGGCCACUGAAGCGUCGACCACAAUUACUGAAAUUGCGACUUCAGAGCUGCCCAAUGCACCACAAAACCCGGAUCUCGAGCCUCCACCAGCGGAAAAUGAAAUCGAAAAUCCAGAUAUAUGCACAUCGGAGGACGACUAUAUUCCUGACAAAAAGGCGUGUGAUAAGUAUUGGCGAUGUGUCAACGGUGAGGCAAUGCAGUUCAAAUGCCAACCAGGUACUGUGUUCAACGCGAAUCUGAACGUUUGCGACUGGCCCGACAACGCCAAGCGACAAGACUGCCAACUAUAACCCAGCCACGCGACGCACCGCAAGUGGCCGGCCUUUUUACGAGCCACCUGAAACAGUUUAUCAGACUUAUUUAUUCAGAGUUUGCGUACGGUGGAGAUGAAAAAGAAAGAAUUGUAGCAUGUAUCAAAUAUGCCGUCUUUUAUGACGACAUUUUUUUAGGCUCGCAAUAUGUCUUCGAGCAACAAUGAAAAAAAAAAGCGAAUUUAUCUCUUUGUGAUUUUGUUAGUUGAUAGAAAACUCCUUUCUUAUUAUAUAAGAUAGCUCAUAUUGUAGAUCAUUCAGUAUAGAUUUUAUUAUUUGAUAUCUUGACCACUAAGAUUUAUGUUAAGGACAAAAGGAUGAUGAUAAAUCGUGGUAAUACCGCCUAAUGAAAACGGAUAGGGGAAACACGAAUUUAAGUGGUCUCUAUCAAGAUUGCUUGUAUAAAUAAAUGUUAGUUUAAGUAUUAGUACUUUGCUCAAAUAUUUUAAAUAGGACAAUACGAAUAUAAGCACUGAUCGAAUAGAAAAUUUAAAAAAAUCUCAAAUUUAUUUUUGACCAUAUGAUAAAAAUGCAUUGUGAUAACAAUAAUUUUAUUUAUGAGCAGUUUCCUGUACUUAUUUACAUCUAAAGAAAUUUUUAUUCGGACAGCGGAGCCUGUGAACAUUUUCUUUAGAUUUAAACAGCAGUUAAAUGCUUAAAAAAUAUAUUACUACUGUACUUGUUAUUAAAUGAAACGUAGAUUGGUAUGAAAAAAGAUAUUCAAAGUGUAAAAAUAGUGAAAUUAAAUGAAUUGAUCGUUCGAUAUUCAUAAAAAAAGAUUUGUUUACUAAACGAUAUAUUAUGAAAAUAUCAUCAAAAAGAAACAAAAGAAAUAAUACAACCUUCCAAUUCAUUUGUGUGGUGUGAUAUCAUUUUGUUGCACUUUUAAUAUUUUACUUAAUUUAAAUACUAGUAAUUACUACGUAUGUAGCUUAAUUUGUUUCAACAUAAUGAUUGAGUUCAAAAUGAAAAUAAUUUUAAGAUAUCUUAUUGAAUAUCAAAUUUAAUCUUUUAGUUUCCACCUUUAAUUUUGAGUAAUGUAUAGCGGCAAUAAUUCAUUUAGACUUUAAAACGUUGUGUCAACAGACUUGUUUGAUUGGAGUUCUAUUUUAAUUUAAGAAAUAUAUUUCCUAUCAAGUGAUUUUGAUCUUGAAUGGAUAUGAUUUACAUCGGAAUAAAAAAUUAUUGAAUUUGAAAAUUUUAUAGAAUAGUAGGACUUGUUCAGCAGUGAACAAGUCCGCUGAGUCCACCCAGGUAAACUUAUUAGGUGGAUCCCGGGAAAAGAAACGCAAUUUCAAUUAUAUUAAACCCAAGUAUUUAUUAUCCAAUACUUUUAGAAACAUUGAAUUCCUCAUUCUUAUGUAGCGUAAAGAUAUUUUUAUAAAUCAAGAGCAUUUAGCGAAAUCGUAGAAACAGUCGUAAAGAUAUUGCAAAGAAAAUUUAUGUCCGCCCGAGCCGUAAACGCGGGAACGACCCGCUAGUAUCAAAAUUAACAGGUGGAAGUACAAAAGGUUAAGAAGUUUCGCAAACAAAUGUUUGUAUUCGUAUAUAAACCUUAGCAUAAAUUAUCUGGAGCUGGUCUGCUAACUCCCCGGUACUUUGGGGCCGCGAGAAUUAUAUUUAUUUCUCGUAUAAUUUGUUCCCAGCAGCCAAUUAUACGGUGGAU